CUCUUGUCCCGCUUGGCUCGUGUUCACGGACGCUCUCUUGAUUUAUAUUCUCGCACUGCUUUAUGUUGUUCGAGGACUUACCAUUCGUUCUCCUAGUAAAGAGCACGGAUACUGUGUUGUGUGCAUCCUAGUGGAAGAAACUUGUCGUUAUGUCAACAAGGUUUCGUCGAUUCUUGGGAAGGCUGGCGAACACGAGACGGCGGCAGCGGGCUCUGUUUCAGAUACGAAGUGCCGCCAUGCUCUUCUGCAUUUUCGUUGCUCUGUACUUACUUUCGCAGAAAUUAACGAAUCGGCCAUCUGCCCCGGUGGGUCUCAUCAGUCAACACGACGCUCAGCACUCAGCGGUGUUCACGCCUUUCAAGCUCACUCCCGGUGGCGGGGAGAAGGUUGUCCUCACUUUCGCCAGAAAAUUCCAGGAGCUCACUGGUGGACACGUGGACCUCUUAGUGAAACCUCGGAACGUCUGCAAGAGGCUGAAGUGCGUCAGAGAGCUUGCCCGUGCGCUGGCCGUCGAUGGCAUCGACUGGGCUCGACUCUCCGUCAAAGUUUUUAGUCGUGCUCGUCCUUGGUACAACAUCUGGUUUACGAUUGGCAACACUUUGAUUCCGAAAAAAUCCGCCCGGGGUCGCACGAGCAUCUACCAUUGUCAGUUCCCAUUCGAUAUGGGUUACAUGGCGCAUCCUUUUUCGGGAUUGAGACAAUUAAGUACGUACGAUGUCGUGUACCUAAACUCCGAAUACACCAAGACGUGGUACGACCGUCAGCUCGAAUCGCUUCGGAUGGGAGUUCUCCCUCUCAGCGUCAGCAGUCAACGGUAUAUCGAUCAGUAUACACCAGCGAUCGCGGAUGGUAUGUUUCUCCCGCCGAGAACGAUUUACUACGCGCCUGCGUUUACAAAACGAUUUAAAAAAGCUUCUUCGACGCGCGGGAGAGGGGACGCGAGAAAGCGCGCGGUUCGCAUCGUGCUCAUCGGGAGGUUCUUCACAGGACACCAAGGAAAAUGUCACCUCGCGGCGAUCGAGGCUUUUUCGAUUCUGAGGAAAAAUAUCGCAGCUUCCUUAAGGAUUGAGCUGCACAUUUUAGGGUAUGUACUUAAAGGAUUUCAACCCUACGUGCUACAGGUGAAGCGACGGGCGAGGAGCGUGGAAGGUGUCUUCGUGAAGGACGACGCUACUGAAACUGAGAUGCGCGACGCCAUCGAAAACGGGGAUAUCGUCUGGUCGAUUACGGGUCUAUGCUCUGAGGAGUUCAUAUAUUCCCCCGCGGAUGCGGAGCACUUCGGCAUUGGUCUGCUCGAGUCCAUGAGCGCAGGGCUCAUCCCGGUCGUCGUGGACCGGGGUGGUCCGAGCGAAAUCUUGCGCGGCUUCCUGGACUACCUUAAAGUCACGUCGACCGAGGAGCUUGCAGCAAGCACAAGGCGUAUCAUAUCAGCAGGGCAAGAUGAGCUCAACUCUCUCAGGACAAUGACGAUGAAGCGUGCCGACAAAUUAUCGAUGCAGUUCGACGAAGCGUCUGUGAAAUUAUUCACGAUCUUUGGUCAACGCUUGACACCGCAGAAUACGGAAGUAUGGUUCACACUUCGCACUAGGGUUCGUCGGCUUGAACGUGGUGUAGACGCGCGAGUGAAAGUGCCAAGAAAAGUCACUCGGUGCUCUUCCGUGCACGCUGAUUCGAAUGCUCUCAUUUACUUCGCGGAGGGCUAUUAUGAUUUCGCCCUGAGAGCUAUCUUAACUAUUUUGAGCCGCAAACUUG